AUGAUGGGUCAUGAGGGGGAACACUACCCUGAAAUUGUCACAUUCUCUCUCAACCUUCUUCAUGAAUAUCGACAGUCAAUCGACAAAUCCAACCUCGACACCGCCAUCACUGUUGCGAAUGAAGCCCUUGCGUCGCAUCAUGGCGUGAUCAAUCAUCGAGCCCAGCUGUCGCUUCGUGCUGGAAACGCAUUGGUGUUGAGGUACUUGUCCUGUGGCGACGAGAAAGACUUUUCGUUGGCUAGGGCGUUAUUUCACGACGCCAAGGAAGCGUGCGGAACAGGGGAUCCCAUGCUCUUUAUUGCCCUUGUUGACCUGCGGCACGUUGGGUUUGUCAACUUCCUGGAAAGUGGGAUGCUACAAGGGAUGAGUGGGCUUCAAGAAAUGGCACAGUAUGGUCAAGCGGCUCAGGCCGAAGAUCAAAAAGGGCAAGAAGCGUACAUUCUGGGAUCAGAGUUGAUGCAAGGAGACAAACUCGCGAUCGAUGAAGCCAUCCUGCAAUUUCGUCGCUCGCUUUCCCUCCGGCCUCCACAGCACCCAAGGCGACACGACACUCUUGCGCAUUGUGCCCUUGCGUUGGGCAACCGAUUUGGCUGCACUGGUCAGAUCAAAGAUCUGGAGGAGAGUAUCAGUCUUCAUAAAGAGGCACUAUCUCUCCGUCCUCAUGGCCAUCCCGACCGUGCCGUCUCGCUCAACAACCUGGCGAAUGCCCUCUCCACUCGCUUCGACAACAAAGGCAACUUCCUCGACCUGGACGAGUGCAUUGCCCUCCACAGGGAAGCUCUCGAUCUCCGCCCUCAUGGCCAUCCUCACCGUGCCGGCUCGCUCAACAACCUGGCGAAUGCCCUCUCCACUCGCUUCGACAACAAAGGCGACUUCCGCGACCUGGACGAGUGCAUUGCCCUCCACAGGGAAGCGCUCGAUCUCCACCCUCAUGGCCAUCCCGACCGUGCCAGCUCGCUCAACAACCUGGCAGUCGCCCUUUCCACUCGCUUCGGGAACAAAGGCGACUUCCGGGACCUGGACGAGUGCAUUGCCCUCCACAGGGAAGCGCUCGAUCUCCACCCUCAUGGCCAUCCCGACCGUGCCAGCUCGCUCAACAACCUGGCGGGCGCCCUCUCCACUCGCUUCGACAACAAAGGCGACUUCCGCGACCUGGACGAGUGCAUUGCCCUCCACAGGGAAGCGCUCGAUCUCCACCCUCAUGGCCAUCCCGACCGCGACUUCCGGGACCUGGAUGAGUGCAUUGCCCUCCACAGGGAAGCUCUCGAUCUCCACCCGCAUGGCCAUCCCCACCGUGCCGGCUCGCUCAACAACCUGGCGAAUGCCCUCUCCACUUGCUUCGACAGCAAAGGCGACUUCCGCGACCUGGACAAGUGCAUUGCCCUCCACAGGGAAGCUCUCGAUCUCCGCCCUCAUGGCCAUCCCGACCGUGCCAGCUCGCUCAACAACCUGGCAGUCGCCCUCUCCACUCGCUUCGGGAACAAAGGCGACUUCCGCGACCUGGACGAGUGCAUUGCCCUCCACAGGGAAGCUCUCGAUCUCCGCCCUCAUGGCCAUCCUCACCGUGCCGGCUCGCUCAACAACCUGGCGAAUGCCCUCUCCACUCGCUUCGACAACAAAGGCGACUUCCGCGACCUGGACGAGUGCAUUGCCCUCCACAGGGAAGCUCUCGAUCUCCGCCCUCAUGGCCAUCCCGACCGCGCCAGCUCGCUCAACAACCUGGCGGGCGCCCUCUCCACUCGCUUCGACAACAAAGGCGACUUCCGGGACCUGGACGAGUGCAUUGCCCUCCACAGGGAAGCGUUAUCUCUCUUUUCUCGAGGCAAUCCCCACCGUGCCGGCUCGCUCAACAACCUGGCGGUCGCCCUCUCCACUCGCUUCAGGAACAAAGGCGACUUCCGGGACCUGGACGAGUGCAUUGCCCUCCACAGGGAAGCGUUAUCUCUCUUUUCUCGAGGCAAUCCCCACCGUGCCGGCUCGCUCAACAACCUGGCAGUCGCCCUCUCCACUCGCUUCAGGAACAAAGGCGACUUCCGGGACCUGGACGAGUGCAUUGCCCUCCACAGGGAAGUGCUCGAUCUCCACCCUCAUGGCCAUCCCGAUCGCGCCAGCUCGCUCAACAACCUGGCCAACGCACUCUUCGCCCGCUUCGGGAAGACACACGACUUCCCGGACCUCGAGGAGUGCAUUCGGCAUCGACGGGAACACUUGGAAAUUUCUUUCCUAUCUCCCGAAGACCAACAGAGUGACAACUGUGCCUUGGGAAAUCACACUGAAGGCCUGAAAGCAAUCGUGAGCCUUGUGCAGUCUCUCAGGGAAAAUUACAAGCACCUUGGCGACAACGAUACGCUGCAAGAGAUUUUCGCACUUUUAGAAACUGGAGUUCGAUGCCACGGUGCAUCCCCCUUGGUCAGACUAGACCAUGCCAGGCUUUGGGCGUCCAUUUGUCGUGAAUUCCAUCGUCCCCGCACCGCACUAGACGCUUAUCGUCAUGGCAUAUCUUCACUUCCCGUCCUAGCCUCCCUCGACCUCACGCUCGAACAACGCCAGAAUGUUCUCGUCUACGCCAAGGAUUUAUCAAAGGAUGCGGUUCAGUGUGCGAUCGAGCAAAAUGAACUCGAUACAGCGCUUGUAUUUCUCUCCACCGCUCGGUCUGUAUUUUGGUCCCAAGCCCUCCAAUUCCGUGGUUCACUCGAUCGCCUCAACGCUGUUCAUCCCGACCUUGCAUCGGAACUCCGAACGGUUACUCGCCAGCUGCAGUUCGCGACCGAACAACAACCACAAACUCGCACAAUACCGUCUGGAAGUACCCAGCCACUCCGUCCGUACCUUCUUUCCCAACAAAGGGAAGAAAUCAUCGCAAAGAUCCGAGACAUGGAAGGUUUCCAUGAUUUCCUGCUUCCCCCGUCGCCCGAUAUCCUCAAGACCGCAGCAAGCAAAGGAACGAUUGUCUUUCUGAAUGCCAGUAAUUUCGGUUGCCAUGCUCUCAUUCUCAAGGAGGACGGGACCCUUCACCGCCUUGCCUUGUUCGCAGAUAUUGUCCUAUUGACUUGCCUGGUAGCUGCCAUUCGCCAGUUGGCCAGGGGACGAGAAAUCGGUCUUCAGGUGCGACGUGAAAUGCGUGAUUAUUUGGUGGGGAGAGACCUUCGUUUGAAAGCAUUCUUCAAAAGGGAGGAUCCUCACUUGACCGUCGACGACGAUUUUAAGGUUGUUCUUCGUGUUCUGUGGGAUAGGGUAGGCCAACCAGUUGUCCAGGCUCUCCGGCUGGAGAAGACGAACACCCCUCGUAGAAUCUGGUGGUGUCCAACCGGCCCUUUCACGUUCCUUCCCAUCCAUGCUGCCGGGAAUUAUACUCCCUCUCCUUUAGAAUCCGAGUGCUUAUCCGACUAUAUCGUAUCGUCUUAUUGCUCGACUCCCCAGGACCUCAUCACCCCACAACCAGUGCCUAAUCCCGAUUUCAAGAUGCUUGUCGUUAUUGAACCCGACCGACCCGAACCCGGUGUAUCAAGCCUCCCAUCGACCAGGCAAGAACUAGAGAAGAUCAAAUUACACAUCCCCGAAAAUGACCGUCUGAUUACCCGCGCUGGGCCAAAGUCGAGCUCUGGAAAGUCUAUUUUGGACGACAUCAACACUGCAUCCAUCGUCCAUUUUGGCUGCCAUGGGAUGCAAGACCCAUCGAAUCCACUUGACAGCUACCUGCUACUCAGUGACAGGCGCUUAACGAUGUCGUCGCUCAUUCGGGAUUGUCAGACCUCGACGGCAGCCCUUGCCUACCUCAGUGCUUGCGAGACAGCCAUGGGUGAUGACCAACGACCGGAUGAGUCUCUCACUCUGGCUGCCACGAUGCAGUUUGCGGGUUUCCGCAGCGUGGUUGCGACGAUGUGGUGA